AUGCGCAUAGACAGCGUCUCCAAGACAAAAGGCCAGGCCAUUCCAGACACCGGGAAGGUCCAUAUCGCAUACACCUGUGGCGACUCGACACGGCGCAGCCACCUUCAGUCAAACCAGGAUGAAAUAGGCAAUUCAAUCUUCCAUCCGUCGGGUCAACUCAUCUCCGACUUUGAGUCAGGCUCGGAGUCGUUAUCAAAUACUAAAACCAUCUUGGAGACAUCCAGCCCAUCCUCCAAGCCAAGAUCUUCCUUGCCUUCUCUGCCAGCAGACCACUUACUCCACCUCAUACAGUGGAAUGUAUUCCGCGGACUCUGCGACAAUAAGCAUAUCCUCGGCCGCACAGUAAUAGCUAUACUUCCGGAUUCAAACCAAGCCAAAGACUUUGAAGAUGUCUUUGCCGAGUAUUCACUUGUGCUCCCCAAAGCUGAAGAAACAGUCAAUCUUCCACCCUCUCUUCAACUGACUGAACCCCAAAUGAAUAUUGUUCACUCCACAUGGAUUCAUACGCUUCCUUUUCCCAGAAUGCGAGAGAAUCUGAUGCGCUGGGAGUAUUGUUUCGAUCAUUUGGAGCUUGUCAGAGAUCUCAUUGGCAACAUACUCGAUCCGCUUCUUCUCUCUUUGGAGCAUUGGUUGCAGCCAUCGCUGAACAAUUCAAGUGUUGGAGAUGAUUACGAUGAUGAAGUUACGGCCUCUCGUAGCGGGCUGAUUUUAUGGGGAGACCCUAUGAUAGAGGAAAGCUGGGAAGUUACGCCCGGUUUCUUGCGGAAGUGGGCAUGGACUGUGGAGGGAUGUGACGAGUUGAUAUACUCUACGAAUCAAUGGAGAAGGAUUCGUGGUGAGGUGACUGUACAGUUGCUUGCUAGCGACUGA